UUCGAAUAUCAACUCCAGCUCCGUGUUACUCGUGAUAUAAUUUGAAGCUCCACAAGUUUAAAGAGAAGGAUUGAAUGGGGGUUUCAAAUAUCCGUCCAACAGCAGGAACCGAACCAUUCGACAGUAAUCGACUCACAAUUCCAACACAUCUCGAAUCACUUUAUGAAUAUUGACACUGAUUAAUUCACGUGUAACAUGUCCGUUAUUCUCCAGAAUGUUUGGCAUCAUCGUCGAGUUGGGGAUGGCUCAGCCAAAGCAUGCUGGAUUUGCUACAAACCAACGACUAGCGUAAUGAUCACACCUGACAACAAGGACUUCUUCUAUAUUUGUAUUGGUCAUUUGAGCGAUCGUGGAUUCUGCCAACCUGAUGCAGAUGAAGUGGCGGCUGCCGCUGCUCGAAAGAAGAAAGAAGAGAUGGAUCGUGAGAUUGAAAAGGUCAAGAAGGAGUAUGAAGAGAAACAGAGAUUGAAGAAAGAGAAACGCAAAGAAAAGGAGAAGGAGAAGGACAAGGACAAGGAUAAGGACAAAGAUGCUAAAGCAAAAGAACAGGAGGAGGAUAAGGAGGAUGAAAAGGCCAAAGACGAAAAAAUCAAGCAGCUCUCCAAGUCCAGAGAAGAGGUGCCUGCUGAUCAGGGCCCUCGAAUUUUCUCAUUAAACAAGAAUUUCUACCAAAUGCGGAUCGACAAGAUCAAGAAUGCAGAGAUCGCAAAGCGUAACCGAGAGCGAAUGAAGAAUCCAUCAUUCUUUCCCUCGGUGCCCAGCGGCGACCCAUCAUCGGGUGCCAAAUAAGCAUAGACUCGGAUGUUCAUCCCUUGUCCACGAUUGCCUUAUUGCCUUAAUGCCCAUGUACUUCAGGACCAACGACAACGAAGCGGGGACAGUCACCCUUGACAUGAUUCUCG